GGGCCUGUUGGGAGCGCGCGGGUCGGCGGCCGGGAGAAGGUGGCGGAGGAGCGCCCUUCCCUGCCGCCUUCUCCUCCCUGCCCGUCCAUUCAUUGCUCCCGCUGCCCUGCCGACUGUCCGCGCCCUCCUCUCCGCCGGCCGCCGCCAUGGAGGCGCUGAUUCCGGUCAUUAACAAGCUGCAGGACGUCUUCAACACGGUGGGCGCCGAUAUCAUCCAGCUGCCGCAGAUCGUGGUGGUCGGGACGCAGAGCAGUGGCAAAAGUUCUGUGCUAGAAAGCCUAGUGGGGAGAGAUCUGCUCCCAAGAGGCACCGGGAUUGUUACUCGAAGACCCCUCAUCCUGCAGCUAGUGCACGUUACGGCAGAAGAACGUCGGAAAACUGCUGGAGAUGAAAACGACCCUGCAACAUGGAAACAUUCAAGGCACCUUUCUAAAGGGAUUGAUGCUGAAGAAUGGGGAAAAUUUCUACAUACCAAAAACAAGCUCUACACAGACUUUGAUGAAAUUAGACAAGAAAUAGAAAAUGAAACCGAAAGGAUUUCAGGAAAUAAUAAGGGAAUCAGUCCUGAACCAAUUCACCUAAAGAUUUUUUCACCUAAUGUUGUCAACCUGACCCUUGUCGAUUUGCCGGGAAUGACAAAGGUACCUGUGGGUGAUCAGCCAAAAGAUAUUGAACUUCAGAUUCGAGAACUAAUCCUUCGCUUCAUUAGUAACCCCAAUUCAAUUAUUCUGGCAGUCACUGCUGCCAACACGGACAUGGCCACCUCUGAGGCACUGAAAAUAGCCCGGGAGGUAGAUCCAGAUGGGCGGCGUACUCUUGCUGUUAUCACAAAGCUGGAUCUCAUGGAUGCUGGCACAGAUGCCAUGGAUGUACUGAUGGGAAGAGUAAUACCUGUGAAGCUUGGCAUCAUUGGUGUGGUAAAUAGGAGUCAGCUGGAUAUCAACACUAAGAAGAGUGUGGCUGAUUCGAUUCGUGAUGAAUAUGGUUUUCUCCAGAAGAAGUAUCCCUCUUUAGCCAACCGCAAUGGAACAAAGUAUCUAGCUAGAACACUUAACAGGCUACUCAUGCAUCACAUCAGAGAUUGCUUACCAGAACUCAAAACCAGGAUCAAUGUUUUAGCUGCCCAGUACCAGUCUCUGCUCAACAGUUAUGGAGAACCGGUAGAUGAUAAGAGUGCCACGUUAUUGCAACUUAUUACCAAAUUUGCCACUGAAUAUUGCAACACCAUUGAAGGGACAGCAAAAUACAUAGAGACUUCAGAACUGUGUGGCGGAGCUAGAAUUUGCUACAUUUUUCAUGAAACCUUCGGGCGUACCUUAGAGUCUGUAGAUCCAUUAGGUGGCCUUAACACCAUUGACAUCUUGACUGCCAUUAGAAAUGCUACUGGUCCCCGGCCUGCGUUGUUUGUGCCUGAAGUUUCAUUUGAGUUGUUAGUAAAGAGGCAAAUCAAACGUUUGGAAGAGCCCAGCUUGCGAUGUGUGGAACUCGUUCACGAGGAGAUGCAGCGGAUUAUUCAGCACUGUAGCAAUUACAGCACCCAGGAAUUGCUGAGGUUUCCUAAACUCCAUGAUGCCAUUGUUGAGGUUGUGACAAGUCUUUUGCGUCGAAGGCUACCAAUUACAAAUGAAAUGGUUCACAACUUAGUGGCUAUUGAGUUGGCUUAUAUCAACACCAAGCAUCCAGAUUUUGCAGAUGCUUGUGGGCUAAUAAACAAUAAUGUAGAGGAACAAAGGCGAAACAGAUUAGCCAGGGAGAUAUCUUCUGCUGGAUUGCGAGACAAGUCCAUUAAGCCUCCUGGUGUUAUGGCACCAUCUUCCCAGGAGACUUCUGCUGCUGGUUCUGCUGAGGUUGAUGGCAAGGCAUCCCUUGCUGCGGGAGAAGGAAUGCCAGAACCUGGAACUGGCAAUUGGAGAGGAAUGCUGAAAACACCCCGGACAGAAGAGAUGUUGGCAGAGGAAAAAUCCAAACCAGUAACAGUUGUACCUGCAAGCCCUCAGAAGGGCCAUGCUGUAAACUUGCUAGACGUGCCCGUUCCUGUUGCGCGCAAGCUUUCAGCCCGGGAACAGAGAGAUUGUGAAGUGAUAGAACGUCUCAUCAAAUCCUAUUUCCUAAUUGUGAGGAAGAACAUUCAAGACAGUGUGCCAAAAGCAGUGAUGCAUUUUCUGGUGAACCACGUGAAAGAUACUCUUCAGAGUGAGCUAGUUGGACAGCUGUAUAAAGCUUUGCUGCUGGAUGAUCUUUUAACUGAAUCAGAGGACAUGGCUCAGCGCAGGAAGGAGGCAGCUGACAUGUUACAGGCCCUGCAGCGAGCCAGUCAAAUUAUUGCAGAGAUUAGAGAAACACACCUUUGGUGAAGAAACAAUUGACUUGAAAAUGGCUAGGUGUUAUAUACUAAUGAGAACUCAAUGUGUAUUGCAGCAUGUAUAAAGUCUACUCAUGUCAAGAAAGUUUGGUUCAGUUGUCUAUGGACAGAAAAGUAUCCUAUACUUUGCAAAGCAAGUAAUAUUUAAUCACCAUUUCCCCUGGCUGUUUCCUGAUGCAAAGAACAACCUUGUUUAAUGUGGGACUGAACUACAGUAAGUUAAAGUUGAGGAAAGAGCUAGGUUAAAAUUCAGUGCCUGGUUUGGUUAAAUUAGUUGCCUGUGAAUAGGAUGGACAGUGUAGUAUUGUGAUGUAGCUUUUUCAGCUGCUUUUGCAAUAUAAGUUUUUAACCAUGAAAGAAAGACACCAAACAUUUAAUUAUGAAUUAAAUUGCAUGCCCUUGAUUCUCAAGCAAAUGAACCGUACAGGAGAAAUACUGCCUCUUAGCUGUGUGAUAUGUAAACUCAUGUUUUAAACUUAAAGAUAGUUGGCUAAACUUCUGGUAUUAGUGAACUUUCCUGUUAGAGAAAUAUGGAAUAUUUGAUUAGUCAACUGAGGAACAGAAUUGGCAAGAAACUUUUAUUUACCAUCUUCCUCUGGAUGGGACCAAAAACCUGGGACCAUUCCAUUAAGAGUGCCAGGCUUUAAAAAAAAAAAUCAGCAGUGAAGAUAGUAUGACAGAUCAUGUUUCUCUUAACCUUAAAAAAACACUGAAGUAAAGGCAGCUGUCCAUCAGAUCAGCUUGGUUCGCCAGAGCAUAUUACUAAGUUCUGCCUUUUUUAAAACCACCACUGGUACAGCCAAUUUAAUUGACUUCUCUACCACAACCAGCAAAAGCGACAAUAAUGGCAUACUGAUCCCUGAAUAUUUUAUUAUUUUAAAGCACAACACGUCACAGAUGAAGUUUUGUUUUCCUUUUUAAAGGAAACAUAUGAACUGUCGCAUUUGAAAUGAGUAUUUCUAGCUUCCUUUGAGCAGCACACAUUAGGAAGCAGGCAGUGCUUUCUUCCAUGCGUACUGCGGAAAACCAAAUUUCUGCCUGAUAUAUAGCGUUAUAUAAUAGGUCAGCAUAAUAGGUUAAAAAGAAGUUGACCUAAACCAUUUGAGACUAGAAGUUUUUAACAUUCAGUAAGUUUGAAAGCGUAUGAUUUCCACCCUUGUUUUACACUGAAACAUAGUUGUGUUUGCUGCUCUUAAAUGUGUCCCUGUGUUCAGAUUUAUUACAAAAAUUCACACCCACAUUCACAUGAAAAAUAAAAUUGUUUGAAUCUCA